AUGGGUCGCGUACGUACCAAAACCACCAAGAGAGCCUCCCGUGUCUGCAUUGAGAAGUACUACCCUCGUCUCACUCUUGACUUCCAAACCAACAAGAGAAUCAUCGAUGAGGUCGCUAUCAUUGCCUCCAAGCGUCUUCGUAACAAGAUUGCUGGUUACACCACCCAUUUGAUGAGACGUAUUCAACGUGGUCCCGUCCGUGGUAUCUCCUUCAAGCUUCAAGAGGAAGAGCGUGAGCGUAAGGAUCAAUACGUUCCUGAUGUCUCUGAGCUCGACAUUGACCGCGUCAACGUCGAUCAAGACACCAAGGACAUGCUUAAGGUUCUUGGUUACGAGCAAAUUCCCGUACGCAUCCUCGCUCCUGCUCCUCAAGAGCGUUUCAACCGUCGCAGAUAG